AUGAAAUCACUCAGCCUCGUCUUGCUGGCCUCAGCAUUUGCCUCGGCAAUUGAACUUCCACAAAGCGAGGGCUUUGCGCAGCAAGAGUAUGAAAGUGGCUUGGUCCAUGAGACUCUCAUGAGUGCAAAGCACGCAUCGUGGGACCGACAACGCGCUCAAGGACAGAUGGACUCAACACAAUAUCCAUCCUUAACGGCUCCUGUGAAAUGCUUGGAUGGAUUGGCCAUCGUCGAACCUGGGAACGCGAAUCAGACCUUCAAGUGCAAGAACAUGGAUCUUCUCGACUUCAAGAGCCACGCAGACCUGGGCAGCUUUGCCGGCGAAGGUUCUUCGUCUUGGGGCUGGGUUUCCGACGACGGUCGUGAAUUUGUCGCCAUCGGACAGGCAGACGGAACCGCUUUCGCCGAGAUUUCCCCGGAAGGAAAACUGAUAUAUCUUGGCCGCCUACCACAGCAGUCUGUCUUUUCCAUCUGGCGAGAAAUCCGCACAUACAAGAACUACGCGAUCAUUGGUAGCGAGGCUGUGGGGCAUGGAGUACAGAUCUUUGAUUGGACAAAGCUUCUCAGCAUUGAUCCCACGGCGCCCGUCAAUUUUAGCACCACAGCGGAUUUGACCGGUUUAUUCGCCGACCUCCCCGUCGGUCGGACACAUAACGUCGUGAUACAUGAGGAACUGGACUAUGCCGUGGCCGUUGGCGCCCAGCCGCGAAACAGCUCUUGUGCUGCGGGCUUGAUCUUCAUUGACUUGUCAGAUCCAUCGAAUCCUACAUCACCUGGCUGCGCUGGCCAGGACGGCUAUGUCCACGACGCCCAGUGUGUUGUGUACCACGGACCCGACAGUCGAUACGAGGGUGUGGAUAUCUGCUACGGUUACAACGAAGACACACUGACAAUCUACGACGUUACGGACAAAACAGGCCUCAACACCAGCCGAAUUAUCUCCAAGACCUCAUACGUUGGAGCUCGCUACACACACCAAGGUUGGCUUCUCGACUCCUCGUACCAACAAUAUUUACUCCUGGACGACGAACUCGACGAAGAAUACUACACCGGGCCCGCCGCCGACCGUUACCCGGUAACCUACAUCUUCGACAUCUCCGACCUCGAGAACCCCGUUCAAACAGGCCUCUACAAAUCCAAAGCGUACUCCAUCGACCACAACCAGUAUAUCUUCGACGGGCUCGACUACCAAAGCAACUAUGGUGCCGGCAUUCGUGUGCUUGACGUAUCUUCGAUCCCCCAUGACCCGACUGGUGCAAGUAUCGAGGAAAUCGCAUUCUUCGAUAUAUACCCGGAAGACGACCACUUGGAGAACGGUGGGAUAAUUGACUUCGUGGGCACGUGGAGUCAUUAUGCGGGCUUUCCGAGCGGGAAUGUCUUUGUGAAUACGAUUGAGAGGGGGGCAUUUGUGGUGAAGAUGAAUCAGUUUGAAAAGAGGGGGCGAGGAGCGCAUUAUAAGAAGCCACGGAACGUAUAA